AUGGCUUCUUGUGAUCCAAUAACCAAAAGACCUGAGAAUCUGGUUGGUGCAUUUAUGAGUGGAAUGAAGUGGAGUGAAGAACUGUGGAGUACUGUGGAGCGGAAGGGAAAAAGCCUUCCUACAACACAAAAAGAAAAGCAAAGAAUCUUCAUUAUGGGUGGAAAGAACAACAUUAACAAGAUUAGAGGUCCUACAAACGAAAAGACAAAGCGCAUUGCUAGAGGUAUUGCCAAGUCUAAAUCCAAGUAUGCCCCUGCAAUCACCUGUGUCAAUGUCCGUUCCAAGAAGAAGCAGAGACAAUUCGAGAAGGCCGUCUCCAAUGAAAAGAAAUUGUUGGCUAAAAUGGGCGUAAUUGAGUAUGUUCCUGAAGAGGAGAUGAAUGACGUUGUUAAGGUGUCACCAGAGAUGCAGAGAAUCAGCACCGAGAUUGCCCCUGAGUUGUUGGCUGCUGCUGCUGCUGGCCAUGGUACUACCUUGGGUGGUCCUCAAUAA